AUGGCUGUUCGCAUGUUUAGGACAAAAGUGGGUUCAUUUCAGCAUCAUGUACGUGGAUGUGUUGCUUUCAGCACGGAGCGACCAAAACUUGUUACAGUGGGAAUCGACUUUGGAUGCAAAAAUUCAAGAGUUGCAAUAAUAGACUCCUUGGUUCCACAUGUUGUUGACAGUGAAAUUGGCCGUUUCACACCAUCGUAUGUCACAUUUACACAACAGAAUUCAUAUCUACCAUAUAAAUGGAGUCUACAACACUUGGACCCUGUUGGUAACUGUGUUGCAGUUGGAGAACUGGCAAAGCGUAGAAUGUGGAGACAACCUUCAGAUGUUGUUUAUAACAUAAAAAGUUUGAUAGGAAAGCAAUUUCAGGAUCCCUCUGUCCAAGAAAUGAGGAGAAGGGUCCAUUUCAGCAUUAUUGAAGGACCUGGAGGAGAAGCUUGGGUGGGAAUUUGUGGAAUGGAGUUUUCUCCUGUUUGUAUCGCAACUGCAAUCUUCCAAAAACUGAAGCAUAUUGUUCUGAUGGACCAGUUUCAUGAUGAGCUGCAGGCAGUGAUAAGUGUGCCUGCUUUCUUUGAUGAACUGCAGAAGGAGCACAUAAAGUCAGCUGCACACAGAGCAGGCUUCAAGCUAUUGCAACUAAUAGAUGAACCAAUAGCUGCUGCGCUUUCUAGCAUAACAACUGAAGAUGGUAUUGUUGUUGUUUUUGGCAUGGGUGCCGGGUCUUAUAGUGUCACAAUCCUUCGUGUGUCUCCUGACAGAAAAAUUGAGAUCAGAACUCAAUUUGCUGACACCUCUGUCGGUGGGGAUCAGUUUGAUGACAAACUCGUGGAUUUUAUUGGUCGACAAAUACUUGAAGGUCAUUCAGUUGACAUUCGUGGAGAUAUAUAUGCUAUGAAAAUGGUUGCAGAAGCGGUGGAGCAAGCUAAGGUUGAAUUAUCAAGCAAGCCUGCGGUUACAGUUUCAGUCCCUUCCUUCAGCACAUCUGUCCCAGGACCUGUUGAUCUUAACAUUAAAAUUUCUCGCCCGCUGUUUGAGAAGUUGGUCAAGGACUUGCUAGGACAAAUUAAAGUCAAGUGUCAGAGUAUUUUGGAAGAUGCUAAGGUAUCUACCGAGGAUAUCAAGGAAAUCGUAUUGUUUGGGGGGAUGACCAGAGUUCCGAAGAUACAGGGAAUCAUUUGUGAAGUCUUUGGUCAGAACCUGAACACUAAGGUGAACCCUGAAGAAGCUGUUGUUGUAGGAUCUGCGAUUCAAGCUGCUCUCAUUCUAGAAGAUGAACAAGAGAUUAGUGAUGAUAUGAUUCCGCUCUCUAUUGGAUUUGAGUCCUCAAAAGGAAUUUUUACCAAAGUGAUUCCAAGACACAGCACCCUUCCAAUAAAACGGACAGUAAAGAUUCCUACUUGGUUGGAUUAUGGCGAGCGCAAGUGUAUCAGAAUAUUUUUCGGGGAGCAUGUGAUGGUUCAGCAUAAUAUCCUAUUGGGUGAGACACAGGUAAUCAAUAAUAGAGGCUCAUUUCAAGGUUGUGUUUAUUUUGAACUGACAUUGGAAGUUGACAAGGAUUAUGUGGUUAAAGUGAGAUGUGCUGGUGAUGAAGUGCCGUUGUCUUUCCCCAUAAACCCAAAGGACAGAUUGAAAGAGAACGUGGACAAGGCUGUCAAAAGGGCUCUACUUGACUGGACAAUGACCGGUACAGAAAUCCGUGCUAGGUUAGGAAAUCUGUCAAAGCAUACAAUGAAUACCCUUGACGAUGUCUUGUCUGUGAGGAAGGAUGAACUUCCAGAAGACCUUUGUAAGGAAGCAUUGAAUGCAUUGGCUGAUUUGCAGAAAUUGUUGGAUGGAGAUCUCGAGAUGUUGAAGGCCAAGAUGCUCUCUGCUAAGUCAGUGGAAUCAAAAAUUCUAAACUGGCUGCCACCAUCAGAAUUGCGCGACAGUGACCAUGAAGAUUAUGAAUAUAGAGAUGCGUAG